AUGACCUCCAUAAACCAUUAUAAUAACUUGUUGAUACUGCCCAUUCUCUUACUGACUCUGCUACUAAGAAAGCGUAUGAGGACAUUGAAGAGCGUGAGAAACAACUUAAUGAACUUAAAGAUAAGCUUAAAAAUUUCACUGAAUCACUUGGUAAAAAAGGUGAUGAAAACAUUCUUCAUAACCUCUGCACUGGCCUCGAGAAAUUCCUCGGCUUCAACUCUGCUACCAAAGGCUACGACGGCACUGGGAUUGCUGUGUGAUGCAGUGAUGGGAUUUUUGAGUGGUGUUCUCAGUAACAUCAAAGAGCAUUUAGGGCAGCAUAAAGAUGAAAUUGACAUUGCAAUUGAAGCUCUUAAGCAAAAUAAACACGCCGGUAAAAACGGUUUUAAUGCUGCGAUUGGAAGGGUGGUCGCAGGGGUGCGGGGGUAUAAUGAGAAGGUGAGGGAUAGUAAUGAAUGUGCUAAAACGCCCAUAAGGACACUGAUGAAAUACGUCAAACCCGUAAAAGGUGAGUUAAAUAAAACACUUAAUGAUAUUCAGGUUGUCGACGAUCCCCGGCAAGUAGAGGAGCAAGUGUCCACGGCCAAGGCGCUGGUGGCGACAUCUCUUCAGAAAUAUAAGGAAUACGAAACACAGUAUAGAGACGUAACUAAGCAUAUUAAUGAUCUAUAUUCACAGUGUAAAACUAGUAUACAUAACGCACAUAAAGUUGUCUCGCACGAGACUACGCGGCUAGAGCAGUUGGCCAGCAGGGAAGCAACUGAGUUGGAGGCAACCGAAAAAAUGAUAAGGGAGACACUAACAGCGCUUGAAACACAAGUGGUGAUACAUAUUAAGAGGGAGGUGAACGCUCUUGUAGAAGGUUUAAAAGGCCUAAUAAAGAACGUCAUUUUGAAAGACCUUACACAGAUCAGCGUCAAUCUGCAGAGCCAUGUGAAGGAUUUGAAGAAAUGGAUUGAAGAGGCUGAUGAAAUGCUCAAGAAGCCGAUAAAAGAUGCGUGGGAAAUUGAAGAAAAAUUACCCGGCGGUGACAAGCAAGAUGCCAUUAAAGAGAAGGCAAAACAAGUGGAUGAGUGGAAACAAAAACUGGAUGGCUAUAUUACUAGCGUGAAGAGUAAUCUUGGAAAUUUGGCGACGGAAGCAGCUGAGAACUUGAAAAAGCUUGACAAGGUUUACAAGGAGAAAUUAUUGGAGAUUGCAGAGGCUGUGAGAGAAGUUCCGAAGGCGAUCGUAGAGCUGGGGAGACAGUUUCCUCCAGAUGCCGUUGUAGGGAUAGCGCACAACGCAAACAAAAAUGUUGGCGACAUCACUAAUCACAUUAGACUGAAAAUUGGGAAAAUAAAGGGAGGGUCAAGAGUUAACAAAGGUCUUGAAGACAUUGAAAUAACAAUGCAGAAUUACGCCAUCAAAUACACGCAAGCGAAAUUCGCAAGCACUGUCCACGGCUGGGUAGAUGGGAUUGUUGAUAGUGAUGGCGGCUUGGUUAAGCAAUGGGUUGGGGAAUACGCUAAAUAUUCAACGAACGAAAAGUAUUAUGAGAAGUUCGGUAAAAGCGCAAUAGAUGUAGAACGAGUGAUUGCAGAGCAAAUUAAAAUGAAAGUUAAAGAGGCAAUUCAACCUGCAAUUGAGGGGGCCGAAAAACAGUCCAACGCUACAUCCGCCGGAGACGACCGCAGCAUACAACAAAAUGUUCAAGCUAUUCAAACGUGUGUGAAUGGUUUUGUCACGAAUGUUGAAGCGAAGCUCACGAAACGGAAUUCUCGAGAUGGAAUUAAAGUGUCAGAGUUAGCCAAAAGGAUUGAGAAAGAUGCACUGUCUACGAGUGAUUACCACAGUCACCUGACGAAUAGAAGCCACCUAUACGAUGCAGUUGAGGCCACAUUAAAUCAGCUAGUUGCUUUGGCAAAAAGCACUUCUAACCAAUUAGGAGAAUUCUUCUAUAAGCAAGGCAGUAUAACAAUCGGCAGUAUUGUAGGCAUCAUCAGGCCAAUCGCUGCGGAGCUCUACGUCAACCUUAACGCUUCAGUGGGCCGCGAUAGUGAUGGGAGCAUCGCAAGGGAUAAACCCAAUCUCGCCGGAAAAGUGGACAGCGCAAUCACCGCAAUGACUGAGCAGGUCACCGGCAUUCAGCGGAGCAGUGCAGGUAAUGAAGUAGAUCUAGGGGAUAACUCCAUCGAAUCAGUACGCAAGGCUCCGUACAACGAUCUGGACCGAGCAAUCAAUUCCAUUAGUGGAUAUUCUAACGGCGACCUUGACGUCUCACCGACUACUACAGCCCUUGCAGAACUGUCAAAACAAAUUGGAGAAAAUCUCGAACGGCUUAAAGACGCAUUCGCCUACAAAGGUAAAACAAUCAAGAUGAUUCUUGACAAGUUUCAGAAAUCUAACAUCGCUAACGGUCGCAAAGAUGCAUCUGGCAGCCUGCAAGCAAUUCACGACCACCUCGAAGAGCUACUAACCGGUCCGGUGACGGAUGCUAUUAAACACGCCAAUGAAAUAAUCGGGAAGGACGCCCCGACGUUGCAAGCAGAAUACAUAAAGUAUAUGGAAAAGAGUGUCGGUGACGAGGUGAAACAAGCCAUUGAUAAAUUAACCACUCAUGCCCGAAAGCAAUACGUCUCUUCCGUCAAGUCCCUGCUCAGCGACUUCUCAAGCAAGGUCUACGGCGACAUUAAAAAUUUGACGGUAUCCAUAAAUCAGGAUUCAAGCCUCGGCUACAAGGAGUUCAUGGACAAGUUUGAGAAACACUUCCUCAAAGGUGACACAUCACUCGAAGCUAUAACUAGCCUUAAGGCCACAUCCUCCACAGGACAAAAAUCUGCGAUGAGCCAAGCGACCAGUAAAUUUAACACUGCCAUGAAAGCUUUCUUUGAUAGAUGGGAAAAGCAGACGGAGUUUGCAUCCGAUUACAAAGCCAUCACUCCCGCAAAGGAAGCCCUCCGCAAAUUGCUCGCCAAACUCGUGCAAUCUCAACACUUCGACCACGAGUUUUGUAACAAUUUAGAUGCUCUUACUGACGAAUUAGAUAAGUUCACGCCUGGUAAAUUCGGCCAACCCAACACGGUGCUCUCGCAGGCGUUCAAGGAGGGGUUCGCUGACCUGGCGUCGGUGCUGGGAAGGGCGUACGUGAGCGUGUAUGACGGAGGCCAGGGAAUCAGUAAGUGGCUUACGAAAAGUGAUACGCAGUUGACUGAUGAGGGUCGUAAAGGCGCUAAGGUUUGUCUCACGAUCAUUCAUCUCCUUGGCGUCUCGUUACCCAUGUUGAGAGUAAACUGCAAGAGCUUAAGUGGACAGCAGAUUAACAAAAACGGUGACCUCGGAAAACUGUUCGCCGAUGAAGGCUAUCGUGUAUCCGACCGGGGCGAGCAGAACGGCGAGCUGCAAGACCAGGACUGGAUGAAAGGUGACCAAAUUCAGAAGAGGCUGACUUGGCCAAUAAGCGGGGUCAACAACGAGCAUUUAAAAUUGUGUGAGUCAACUAAGAAACAUGAUAAAUUUAGUCUCAUUGAUAUCAUGUCGUGUCUUGUCGGCCACCUCGGACAAUACAAUGACGUUUGCCACAUCGCUCCUCCAUCGAAGGGCAACGCACCUUGCAAUGUAUACCAAAUGUUGUGUUGGCUUGACGGACUUCCUCAUAGUCCGGUAUACCAAGACUUGAUAAUUGACGGAUUUAGCGGUCUCUUUGAGAAACCGGGCGAGCAGCACAAAGACGUUCAGUCGGACGAUCUACCUGUUAUAGACGAAAAUGCCGACACGUUGGACGCCUAUCCGAAACCCAUCACCGCUGCUGCGCUGAGAGCAACACUCGACGAAGUAUGCAAGCAAUCUCACAACGUCCUCACUUCCAUCCUCGGAUAUGGCCACGCGGGUGGCGUGUAUGCUUGUGAAUUCACUAACAAUUCGCAGGGUUUAGUAUACCCGAAUAACAUGAACAGCCUAAUCUGUACCCUGGUUGAUAUCCUUAGACGCCUUCAUUACCAGCUCUAUUUCAUAUGCCAGCAGUUACUGCACGACAAAAAACUAAAUGGUUGGCGUGAUUGCUGGUAUGGCUACCAAGUGGCCGGAUCAACGUGGCAGUGCAAUACACUUCAAUGUCCCGAGCAAAGGGCCAACCAAGAACACAAGCAAACGUGUGACCAAAAGUGCGACCAAGAUGCUAGUUGCGGUUUGAAAUCGCCGUUACAAGCAUUCUUGGAGGAUGGAUUACAUGGUUUUUUGCCGCAUCGUGUCUCAAGCAAGGGACUAAAAAUGACAUGCUCCAGUUGCAGUAAGGCCCCUGGUAUGCCGUGCAUCACGCCGAUGGGCUUCGCAGAUAUCGGUAACAUGGCAUCCCAUAGGCGGAUGGGAAGACACAUUUACAUGGUACUUACCGAUUUUUGUAGCGCCGAAUACUCUCCACUCACUAAACUGUGCAGUCAACUCACCUGUCUCCUUUCCAGCGCGCCGACAACACUGGGCGAUAUGUUCGCUUUUUACUAUCAUUUCCUAAGUGAGUGGUGCCGUGGUAGCAAGGGAAUACGCGACAAACACAGGGAAAUAGCUUUCGGUGUAGCGGUAAGCAGAGCAAAUUUCAAGAAUCCAAGUACAAAGCUGGACAUUACCUCAAUGUUCAAGACCAACGUACACGGUUUCGGACAUAGUGCGUCACACUUCAAUGGAGACCUCAACACCCUUGUCAGUUGCAACCCGACGACUACUGCAACUAGCCCCUGUGGUUCAUAUCUGAAGCCGCUCAAUCGUGAUAUCCGCUCCAUGUUUGCGGAGGAUAACGCUGACAAAUAUCUCUCGUGGAUCGUUUAUCUGACUGAAACGUUCUACAAAUUGUUAGAACAGUUGUAUGCCGAUUGUUGUAAUAAUUGCAAUAAGCCCGGCGCAAGAUGUCAUGGUCGCAGUUGUGACAAAGAAUGUAUGAUGAAAGCAGGGUUUGUAAUGAAUGAUACUAUGCCUACCCACUCGCAAGUGUGCAGGUCUAUUGUCAACUGUACCAUGACUCUUCCUACAUUACGUAAAUAUGGCUUGUAUUUUGAAAGCAAGAGUCAUCUUAACGGUAAGAAUCUCGCAACAAAACGAACGUGCGAAGACUUUUGCAAAGCAUUAGCACAAGUCGUAAAACAGGGUAACGCUUUGUAUGUGCUGGUUCAUAAGACCAUUCCGGAAUUCCUCUUCACCAUCAGGCAGCCGUUUAUAUGGCUCAAUGUCGCACUCUGGUCGCUGUCCCUCUUCUACCUCAUCUGCGUAAUGGUUGGCAGGCUGGAUGUGCUCCAUAUCAAAUCGCACUUACGAUCACCAUCAUCGCACAGGAUAACGGCGCAGUCAUUGUUGGCGGCAGCGCAAGUCGGAAGGCUUGCCAAGAUAUCGUAUCUGCAACCGUGA